CUCUGUGGUGUUGACGUCGCUUACUCAAUGGAGCAGGUCGUCACUCACCUGUGACAGAAGAAAACGUUGUUUUACUGUGAAAUAUUAAAAUAAUUUCCUCUGUAAAUUGGUGCUGCUCAGACAAUCAUGGUGGACCACAAGGGGCGCCAGGCCGUGGUGGGGAACUACCGCAAGAUACGUCUCGCCAUGAUGCUUCUUGCCUUUAUUGGUAUUGGUCUCUCCCUGUACGCUCUGUAUGUGGAAGUUAUGAAGGAGAGUGACGCGGCUUACCAAGCUAUGUGUGACAUCAGCCCCUCCAUCUCCUGCUCCAAGGUCUUCACCUCUAAGUAUGGUCGGGGAUUUGGUAUAAUUGGAGAGCUCUUAGGCGAUGACCAUAUAAUGAACCAACCUAAUAGCAUCCCAGGGAUCAUCUUCUACUCUCUUAUUAUUGUUCUUGGAGAAACCAAGAGCCUGAAAGUAGCAAAGGUGCAACGGACUGUCAUCAGUUUAUCUAACCUGAUGAGUGCUUACCUGGCUUAUCUUCUGUACUUUGUGCUAAAGGACUUUUGUGUUGUUUGUGUCAGCACGUACAUCGUUAAUAUCCUCCUGACUACCUUGGCAUUCAUGCGUGUUUCUGCUCUCCAGAGACUUUCAAAAAUCAAAACCAAAUAACUCUCUAUUUUAGUCAGAGGUAAGAAAUGAAAUUCUGAGAUUCAGCAGCGUCAUUUAAUCCAGCUUAUUUCAUAAAGUACUUCUUGAUUUCUUAUCCAUGCAUAUGAUAUCUUUAUGUACUUUGUUGUGUUACAUAAUAAACAGGUAUUGUAAUUCAAUAUGCUGAGAUGGAAGUCCUAAUUAGCCUGAUAUAAUGUGAAUUAAGUACACAAUAAUUCACAUAUGGCUUACAUGUUUGCAGUUUCAUAAUUUAUGUUGCUCUAAUUACUUUGAUCAAGAACAUUUUUGUAUACUGCCGUGCAUUCCAAAUACAUUGGCAUUAGAAGGUCAGUCUAUUCCCUGGUUCUUACCAAGAACCAAUAUGAUGUUUGGUUACAUAGAGCCUAAUACAAAGCAACACUAGUACAAAUGAGUAAAAAUCUUUCCAUAAUAAUAUGGUACAAAUACAGUGCUCAUGUAAUUAAAUCUUUUCUUUACCAUUAUAAAUAUAAGACUGAUUUACUUAGGUUGUGAUCAAUGUGUGUUUUAUUUCUGCUAAAUCUAUGGUAUGGUGUAAGAAUGUUAAUACUGUAUAAAUAAUCAGUAUUAAGCUAAAAUUGCAAUAUAUGUAAAAAUGCAUUUCAAAAUAUUAAAACUUGUGUUAGUUAUUUUUUAGUCUAAAAAUUAUGAACUUGACCCAAAAUGUAUGAGCUAUUAAGUUGAAUAUUAUGAAGCAAGUAGUCAGUGUCAGGUUAUAAAUAUCUUUCUCUGUUAAAUAAUUAUGAACAUUUCAAAUUGUUACAAGUUUAAUUUUCAUCCAUGUUGUGUACAGUAUUAGGAUGGCAAUCUUGGUAGGUUGCCAUAAUUUUUGUUUUUUAAUAAUUCUACCGAGACAAAAAAAUAUUACUUUAUUUGCUUUAAAGAUGAAUAUAUUAUUGGUUAAAUAUUAAUAAAACACACAAUCC